AUGCCAUCGCCCGUGGACACCCACCUUGCCGCAGCUGCUGCCGGGCUGGUCGCCGGCCUCGCUUUGUAUCGCUUGGCACGCGGGUCGCCGCCUCCGCCUGUCCAUCAAGUGAGCGCCUAUGAGGUGUUGCGAGCGAGCGUGGACGCAGAGGACGACCGCGUCGCAGAGGGGCACGCCUAUGAUGAAACACUCGCUGUUCAGGGCCAGGCUGCCGAGCCCAUGGCUGAUUACGACAAGCGGACCGCGUCAGGGUCGCACUACGUAACGCGGAUCGUGCUGACUGGCGGUCCAUGCGGGGGGAAGCACUCCAGCUUAAAGCAUUUUACGGGCGCUCUCACGGCUGCGGGGUUUGAUGUCUUGACGGUGCCAGAGGUCCCGACGAUAAUGCUCAACGGAGGCUGCCAGUUUCCUGGCCAGCAGGGCGGGCAGAAGCUGGUCGCCUUCGAGACUGCGCUGGUGCAGGCGCAACGGCAGCUGGAGCGCUCCUUCGUCAAGGUGGCAGCGUCGACGGGCAAUGCCCUUUGCCGAGCGCGGAGGCCUUCCGUCGUCGUCUUCGACCGCGGCAUCCUCGACGUUGCUGCAUACGUGCCCCGCGUCAUUUGGCGAAAGGUCCUCUUUGAGAAUGGUCUUAGCGAGGAGCAGCUCUGCCACCGCUACGACCUAGUACUCCACCUCGUCACCGCGGCAGACGGUGCCGAGUCCCACUACAAGACGGAUGGGAGGCACCACUCGGCGAAGGAGGCCAAGGCGCUCGAUGCUGCCAUCAAAGAGGCGUACGCUCUCCACCCCAACUUUCAGGUUGUCGACAACUCGACCGACUUUGCAGGCGAGCUGCCCCAAGAAUCUGACAUCUGA